CACUUCCGGUCCAGGAGGUGGCGGUAAUGCUGCUUUAUCGCCCACCUGAAAUCACAGAAGAAGAAGGCAGGCGGAAGUGAACAAGUUUACCGGCUGCUGCAGUGGGCAGGGAAAUGGAGAAAAACGGUGACCAGGUCCAAACAAACGGCUCUAAAACGCUGCUCGUCCGCCACUUGCCAGCUGAGCUCAGCCCAGAAGACAAAGAGGACCUCCUGAAGUAUUUUGGAGCCGAGUCAGUCAGAGUUUUCUCCACCGCGGGUCGUUUGAAACAUGCGGCCUUCGCAACCUUCAGGAGUGAGAAGUCGGCAGCAAGAGCUCUUAGCAGACUCCACCAGUUAGAGGUUCUUGGUCGCGCGCUUGUGGUGGAGUUUGCGACAGGCCAAGAUCACGUGACGGUGUUAAAGGAUCCACCGGUGUCACACAGCCGUAAACAUGUUAGUGGGGAGCAGAAUAAGAAGGAGACCAAACAGCCAGACAUUCCCCUCAUAGAGACCGGCAUUGCACCAAGCCUCGGGUUGAAAUAUCAGUCUAAUCCCACUUUGAAAUAUUUAUACCCUCCACCUUCUAAUAGCAUUCUGACCAACAUAACACACGCCCUCAUCAGCGUGCCAAAGUUUUAUGUUCAGGUACUACAUCUGAUGAACAAGAUGAAUUUACCGUGUCCCUUUGGUGCGGUCACCACCAGACCCCCCAUGUUGGAGUUCCUGCCUCCUGCACCACCCAUCCCCAUGCCUCCACCCUUCCCUCCUGACUACCCCCCUUUACCGGAGGAGGAGAUGGAGCUGUCCAGCCAGGAGGAGUCAGAGUAUGAGAGUGAGGACGAUGAGGACAAGGAGAGGAUUGUUCGUCUGAUGGGCCUGGUCAACCAAGCAUGCAAGAGACCCCAGAGACCAAAAACAGCUUCAAAGAGAAAGAAGCCCAAGAUCAAGGAUCUCCUCUAUGCUCCCAAACCAGACUCUCAGAGCGCUCCGGUCCUGCAGCCCUCCGAUGUGUUUGAGCAGCCCCUCCUCGCCGGCCAGAGGAAAAUUGAAUUCCACAUUUCCGUUCCAGAGGUGGCAGCCGUAGGGGAAGGAAGUGGGCCGAGCCAGCGUGGCGAUGAAGGCGGAGAAGCAGACGAGAGGAGGCUCAGCCCCAGCAGCAGUCAGGAGGCUGCACGGGCCGAAGGGUUUGGGAAGCUUUACCCCAGCCUGCGGCCGUCCCAACAGCAAGACGAGCACAGCGACGACGAGCAGGAUCUCACCUCCGGCGUCAUCUCCAGAAAGGAGCUGGAAAAGGGACGGCUGUCAAGAGACGAGAUAAAAAGGAUGUCUGUGUUUAAAAAGUACGAAGCGGGCGAGCCAACCUGCAGGCUGUACGUGAAGAAUAUCGCAAAGCAAGUGGAAGAGAAAGACCUGAGGUACAUCUACGGCAGAUUCGUCGACCCUUCAUCGGAAGCAGAGAGGAACAUGUUUGACAUUGUGUUAAUGAAGGAGGGGCGGAUGAAAGGGCAGGCCUUCAUAGGACUCCCCAGUGAGCAGAGUGCGGAGAAAGCCCUGCGGGAAACCAACGGCUACGUUCUCUACGACAAACCCCUCGUCGUCCAGUUUGCCAGAUCUGCACGACCGAAACAAGACGGCGCAGAAACCAAGAGAGGAGAGAAACAACGCUGAAGCCGACAGAUGCCAUGGCUUGAUACUGUGGCCCAGCAGAACCAUUUGUAUCCUUGUUUUGGCAUAUCCUUUGGGAAAAACAUAAGAAAAUGGGGACAGUGUAUUUGUAAUUGUUGUAGCACAAUUGGAAGUGGGACAACCUUUAAAUUACUGAGUGUGUCAUCUCUGUAGCUUCCAGUAUCUGAAAUGCUUUGUUCAGUGUCGACUCUGUAAACCUGUGCCUGCUCUGAGCCUUCUCUUUACAAUGUCCUCUACCUUGUCUGACUGAAUUUCAGGUGAUGGUCGUCAGAUGUCAUCUUCUUCGUUUAUUACUCAAUAAAAACCAUUUUUACCAAACUAA